UUUGAUAAAACAUAUUCUGUACUAUUUUCAUUGUUUGAUUAAAUCAUCUAUAUAUACAUGCUAUCUUCUAACUUGUAACAAAACAUUCAAGCAGGGUUAGUGAAUUGAUAUUGAUAAUCAAGAAUCAAGUCAAUAAAAUGAGUACGAAUAUUCAUGAAGAGAAUCCUCAGAAAUCAUGUGGUAGGAAGUUGUUUGAGCGUGUAGCAAAGUGGUUUGAAUACAAAGAUAAAGAAAAAUGGAUAAAAGGUAUGAAAACUAGCAUGGGUAUAGCAGUUUCUAUAAUCGCAACUGUAACAUUUUCACUCGCCACUAAUCCACCCGGUGGUGUCGUGCAAGUGAGUGUCAAUGAUGACCCACUUUGCUCGGAUAAGACCGGAUACAAUAUAUGUGCUGGAGAAGCUAUCUUAGCUACUUUAUAUAAAAAUUAUUAUCUUCGAUUUUUGAUAUGUAAUACAAUUUGUUUCAUUUCAGCACUUAGUGUUCUUCUCUUUCUGGUUAGUGGAAUUCCUAUAGAGAAAACAUUUCCAGUAUGGCUUUUAUCAAUUGGAAUGAGUAUCACACUCACAAGUUUUGCUCUUACCUACUUGUUUGCAGUAAACAUGGUCACACCAAAUGUCAUUUGGAAUCAUCUUUUAGAAAAUGUGUUUGGUAUUGCUAUUUUUGUUUGGGCUAUCUUUGUCGCAGCUCUUGGUGUUUUUUUGGUUGUUCGUUUAAUUGUGAGGGUAGUCAAUAAAUUAUGGAAUAAUGACAAAUAGCUUAUUAAUUUGUCAAAGAAAUUUAAAUUAAUUCCGUCUUUGUGCUUCCCUUUUAGGUUCAUUCAAUAAAUUAUAUAUAGUCAAAAUAUAUUAUUUAUUAAAUAAAUCUAAAAAAUAAAAUUUAGAAGAAAUAUGUCAUAAUAAUAUGUUUUUUAAAAGCGUCAAAAAAAUUAUAAUAAUAAUCAAUUAUGUAGUUGUAUUUGUUGUAAUUUGAAUUGUAUAUUUGGUUGAAUAAAUGUAAUUUGAAUUGUAUAUUUGGUUUUUUUUUUUUUGAACAAGAAUUGUAUAUUUGGUUGAAUAGUGUAAUUUGAAUGUAUAUUUGGCACAAGCUUUCUAGUUGUUCAAUACAAUUCAUAGCUAUUUUCAGUAUUUACUAUAGUUAGUAAUCCAUUCCCGAAAUAUAUUUAAUCACUUAUAAAGCUUUGUUAAUUUUAAGUGCGAUAUUAAUAAAAAAAAACAUGGUUCCCUAUGGGGGGUCACCCCCAGCGAAAUUCCCAAACUACCCCUGCUUCGGAAAUGAACUUCCGAAGCGCUUUUUUUUUUUAAAAAAUUUCCUUGAUUCGGAAGUUCAUCUCCGAAAACACCUCAUGGGGGGUGCGUUCGGAGAUGAACAUCCGAAAACACCUCAUGGGGGGUGAAUUCGGAAGUUCAUUUCCGAAUUAUGCAGAAACUGUGUUUUUUUUUUAAUGUUUUUCUUAAACGCAACCGCAUUUUAAUUAAACGUUACCGGCAAACAAAAUAAACAAUAGAUAGACUGAAAACACUAAUAUGAUAAAUAAACAAAAAAAAAUACUAAUAUGAAAAUAUUAUAUACAAACCGAAAUAAAUAAAAAUAGUGUGCUAAAUAUACAAUCCAAAAUCAAAAAAUGAAUAAACCCCACCACUA